UGACUUUUUUUUUUAAUUACUUGCCAGUUCCAAUAACCCUUUGUACCAGAAGAAUACUCUAACAAAAUGAGCAGAACACAUGACAUACUGGAUCCUUCGUGGAUGCGACUGGAGGGAACAUUUGACGAGCAAGUCGUGAAGUUGUUCUACCAUGUAACAUUGACCAGGGAUGAAGUAGAGGAGGACCUGAUCUGGCUGUUCAGGGAUGUGAAAAACAUGUUAAGGACCUAUUGGCCAGGAUGUGAGCUAGUGCCCUACGGCUCUCUAUACCAAGGCACGGCAUUUAAGACCAGCGAUGUGGACUGCUUCAUCCAAAUCCCGAUCCUACACAAGACCGCCGGAGACACAGUCGUGCUCACAGCCAGGGAUAUUCUCAGCCGCCGUUCUGACUUAUUUGCACAACUAUCCGCCGCAACAAAUGUACCAGUGCCUAUUGUGAAAUUUUUCCAUAUGCCAACCAGCAGAGAAUGUGAUUUGACCUUUGAUUGCCCGCCUGGAGUCAGUAAUAGUAAAUUAUUGUGGUAUUUAUUCCAUUUAGACAAAAGAGCGAUGGAUCUAGCAAUCCUUGUUAAAUACUGGGCAAAAAUUCACAACUUCAUUGGGCCGUACAUGCUGAGGACUUAUGCAUUACUACUGAUGGUAGUUUUGUAUCUCCAGCAAUUAAGAAUUUUACCAACCAUACAUGCCCUGCAAAGAAAUGUUCCUUAUGUUUCCUGGCGAGUCUGGAACAAGGCCUUUCAAAUUGCUCUGUUCUUGUAUUUCCUGAACUAG